GUAAAAAACGGACGCAGACACAGUCCACCAUACAAACGAAGACUUUCUGCGACAUGACUUUUCUCCGUGGUUCAUUCUUGCAGUAUCCUCUGAAUGCACCUUUGUUUCCAUUUCUUCGAAGGAAGAAUGGUGCAGAUGAUGUACUACUCUCCAACUGGAAAUCAUUAUUGAUUCAUUUUUGGAUGGAUGAAUGACGAAGAAAAAUGGGAAAGGGAUGGUAUCUUGUGUUCUUUUGAACUCGGUUUUUCUGGCAAGUAUCUGUAACUCUUAGAUUUGAUCACAAUGGGAGCUUAAACUGUAGGGUGAAAGAAGUUGCCUUCAAGAAACAAGAUUUGGGCUCGAGGCCAACAACAGGACGACAAGAUGGAUCCGACGAUUGUGAUUGCACUGAUUCAGGCUAUUAGUCUUCUGAGUUCAACUGUUAUACAAGGAAUAAUUGCCUCCCAUGGCAACAAGAAAAGUGAUGGCACAGAAGCCAACAGCCUAGAUACAGUUUCAACCUCACUUUCCAACGAAUUGACAAAAGCUGAGGCUGCUGAAUCACUCAAGUGGUGCAUCAAUCGAUUGGAUACUCAACAAGCAUCGGUCAAGAGAAGGAUCAACAGCACAUGCGAAGAAGCACACGAGCUUUCGAGAGAUGCAAAUGAAGCAACCGCCACAUAUGGAAACAAUGUUCAGACACUAAUGCUGUUCCAUGGCCUUGCCUCCAUCUUUCUCCAACUGUUCUAUCCCUAUGUGGCGGCAAAAGUCUCUGUUUUGGUGGCACUUUCAUUCCUCUCUGGAAACGUGGUUGCCUUCACAGUGACUUCAAGAAAAUCCGAGAGGAUUUCUCAGUGGGCUAAGACUCUCCAUUGGAAGGAGAUAGAGUUGCAGAAUGAAGUCACUUCUCUUCGAGCUAAGAUCGAGAUGAUCACUUUUUUGCACGAACUCAAAACCUCGAACUCUAGUGGGACUUACGGACAAGUUUAUGCGUUGAAUUUGCUGAGCGGGCACGUUGUUGACUUCCAGAAAACCAUUUCUCAGGCUCUUGAGAUGUCUUGCUCAAUCAGCAGCAAUCAGAUGAAGUUAGUUUCCCAGAUUGCAGUUGGAGCCAUUGUAUAUGGUCUAAGCUUCCCUAUAAUUGCAUACUACUUGCUCUACUGGCUCCAUUAGGCAACGACCAUUUCGGCUUACGGGAUGAACAGCUGAACACUAUACAGACAGGUCCAGUUUUGCAUCAUUUGAAGUCCUUGCCUGUAAUGUCAACUAGAUUGAACGAUAUUUCAUAGCUUGUGAAACUCGUUACUUGCUGUAUUUCAGUCAUUUGAUUUCAAGUUUCUAUAUGUAAAUGAAUGCCCUUUAAUGUAACAAUGAAUGUCUUUAAAUGUGUAUAUCAAAUCAUCAUAAAGGUAACAAUUCUGCA